UCCGGGUGCGCGGCAACAUGGUGCGCGGCAGGAUCUGCAGACUCUUGGUGCGCGACGUGCGCUUCUCCACAUCGCUGGGGGGCCACGGCUCCGACGCCAUGCACACAGACCCUGACUACUCGGCUGCCUAUGUCGUCUUAGAGACCGAUGCGGAAGACGGGCUCAAGGGGUACGGGCUUACCUUCACUCUGGGAAAAGGCACGGAAGUUGUUGUCUGUGCUGUGAAUGCCCUCGCCCACCAUGUGCUUAACAAGGACCUCAGGGACAUCGUCGGUGACUUCAGAGGCUUCUACAGGCAGCUCACAAGCGACGGGCAGCUCAGAUGGAUCGGUCCUGAGAAAGGUGUUGUGCAUCUGGCUACCGCGGCCCUUCUCAACGCUGUGUGGGACCUGUGGGCCAAGCAGGAGGGAAAGCCUCUGUGGAAGUUACUUGUUGACAUGGACCCCAGGACGCUCUUAUCCUGCAUCGAUUUCAGGUACAUCACAGAUGUCCUGACGGAGGAGGAAGCCUAUGAAAUACUGCAGAAAGGUCAAGUUGGUAAAAAAGAGAGAGAAGGGCAAAUGCUGAUGCAUGGCUACCCUGCCUACACCACGUCGUGCGCCUGGCUGGGGUACUCCGAUGACACGCUGAAGCAGCUCUGCACGGAGGCACUGAAGGAUGGCUGGACCAGGUUUAAGGUUAAAGUGGGUGCUGAUCUCCAGGAUGACAUCCGCAGGUGCCGCCUCAUCCGAAACAUGAUUGGACCUGAGAAGACGUUGAUGAUGGAUGCCAACCAGCGCUGGGAUGUGCCCGAGGCGGUAGAGUGGAUUUCAAAGCUGGCUGAGUUCAAGCCACUGUGGAUUGAGGAGCCCACCUCCCCUGAUGACAUUCUGGGACACGCAGCCAUUUCCGAGGCACUGGUCCCAUUAGGAAUUGGCGUUGCCACCGGAGAACAAUGCCACAAUAGAGUGAUAUUUAAGCAACUCCUACAAGCGAAAGCCCUGCAGUUUCUCCAGAUUGACAGCUGCAGGCUGGGAAGUGUCAAUGAAAACCUCUCGGUGUUGCUGAUGGCCAAAAAGUUUGAAAUUCCCGUUUGCCCUCAUGCCGGUGGAGUUGGCCUCUGUGAAUUGGUUCAGCACCUGAUUAUAUUUGACUUCAUCUCCAUUUCUGCAAGCCUUAAGAACAGGAUGUGUGAAUAUGUCAACCACCUGCAUGAACAUUUCAGGUAUCCUGUGGUCAUCAAGAAAGCGUCCUACAUGCCUCCUAAGGAUGCUGGUUAUUCAACAGAAAUGAAGGAGGAAUCUGUAAAGAAACACCAGUAUCCACAUGGGGAAGUCUGGAAAAAACUCCUUGCUGCUCAAGAGAAUUAAUGUUCAGCCCUAACACCCUUUCCUAAGUGAAAAGGCUUAACCAUUUCUUUGGUGUGGUUUUACAAAAACGGGAAAGAAAUCAUCGUAGCAAUCAAAACAAGUUCAGCUGAAAGUCCUGUUAACCUCAGGAAUCAGCUCAGUCAUUACUUGAUUCUUUUAGCAAAUAAACACACAUUCUCCUAAUUAAUCCUUAAACAAAUUUAGAUUUAACUCCAAGUCCAGAAAGAUGUUCUUACAAAAUUUCUACCAAGUGCUGGUACCUGGACGUUAAAUUAUACUUUGAAAAUAAGCAGCAGGUUGCAUAAUUGUUGGAACAAUGCCUUAUUCGAUCUAACGCUUGUUAAAAAUUAGCAGAGUAAAAAUAGUUCUGCAGUACUGUGGGGUAUCUGGUGUACAACAAAGGUAAAAGGAUUUCACGGAUUAGCCCUGGAGUGGUUUAGCCUUUCUAUUCUUGCUCCGUCUAAGUGUAUUAGUAGAGGAUUCACACCAUACUGAAACCAUGGCAGCAGUAAUGGGCAGGAAAAUGGAAUUUCAUACAUUAUUUUUCCAUAACCCUUAAGCCUUUAUCCUCAAUAAUCCUUAUGUGCUAAUGAUAAAAUGCAGCCAGAAUUAGACGAACCACAGAAAAAUAGGGCAAAAUACAGCUUAGUCACCAUUUCCAAAAUACACCAAACCUCUAAUCAGUAUCCAAACAAGAAUAGAGCAUGUUUAUUUAGGAGGGUUCAGUUAAAUCUAUUUUAGGCAGGAAGUGAGCAGAAUAGCAAUAUAGAAUAAAAAAUUAAAAAAAAAAACCAGAUGAAUGCAGAACACAAAUG